AUGGCCUUUAGAGUUCGCUACGUUCCACUCUCUCCUCAAGGCUCUAAACCUCGGGCGAUGACCUCUGAAACAGAACUCAAACCCUUUGAAUUUGUCCCACUGUCGCAGGAUAUCAUCAACAAAGCAAAAAAAGGUUUCGAGGACCUCAUCAAUGAGCUAUGCCCACUCCCGACCCCUGAGCAGACCUCAUUCGCGCACAAUGAUUUCUCCAAUUUUGCCUCCACGUCGACGUUCCCAUUCGAUGACAUGCAGUCUCGCCUCCAUUUCUUCAACCCGACUCCUUGUCAGAAGAGCAGCACCAAUUUUAUUCCUUGCUGGAUCAAAUUGCCGGAUCUGAAUUGCCCAGACUCUAUCCCACACAGGAUUCUUCCGACGUGCAAAUGGGAACAGACACCGUCUUCGACAAGUUUCCUAGCUUCGAAGGUGACAUGA